GCAGGGUAGAAGCACCCUCCCAUUUUGUCAGCCUUCCCUCCCAUAACAAGGCUGGGCCCCAAGCGGAGAUUGUGUGUGCUUUGCCCACACGCUGCCCUCCCUGCAGAUCCGCUCACAGCGACCGAGGACGGCGGCCGCUGCAUGCUUUGAAAAGUAUCUCUGCAGAAGGAAAUCCACCGAGUGCUGCUUCAACCGUGCAGCCGUCCCAAUUAUAUUUUUCGGUCAAACGCUGGAAACUGCACAGUGAGGGAACCAGUGUGAAUCAUGCUGUCUCUUGGCGCCAUGAAAGAUGGCGUCAUCCUACCCAGCGAGGAAGACCGGAAACGGAUUAUUACCCAAAUGAAAGUAAGGACAACUCUGAAAGGGGACAAGAGUUGGAUCCAUCACAAGUCUGAUUCUGAGGAGAAGCAGAACCACAGUCCUUUGGUACCUUGUACAGCAUCAUCUUCCCACAGAGAGCCACCGUCUCCUUCAGCGCAAAAAAAUCUUUCCCCAAAUUCUUCUACUGCCACAUCAUCUUCUGGGUACCUCAUCAGGGGAGUUUUCACCAAGACGAUUGAUAAGUCAUCUCCGUCCAAGACAGCAUCCAAUGGGACACAGAAAAGUGUCAAGAGCCCAAGCCAGACCUCCCCUUCCUCCCAAGGGCCCAAGAUGUCCACUGAAGAUUACAAAAAGAUAGCUCCCUACAAUGUUAAGCGUGAACUCUCACACCCAGGAUACGGACAACCCUCCGUUUCUCCAGAGGAGCAGAAAAAGAGGACAGAAGCCGCUAGUAGUGUCCUGAGGCGAACGGCUGGCAGGGAACGCUCCUAUGUCCUUUCAGCUGCAAAGAAAAGUGGAGGAAGUCCAGUGCAAGAGGUACCAGCCAUUGUGGCUAAAAAGGUUGACGUACCAGUUGACUUCGGUCCACGAUCCAGAAGUCAGACUGUACCUGCCUCAGCAUGGUUUAACAGUCGUGGGAGAAGCACCAAUGGAGAAAGAAGAACCUCAGAGUCUCCCCAGAAUGAAUCAAGGCUGGCCAAUAUUUCUGUGAGAACAAGUGUUGAUACAACCACCAGCAGAAAUGUGGCCUCCAAACCCUACCUUGAAACUUCAUUCAACUAUUCCAUAUCUGUGGAGAGCAGGAACAAGUCAGAUGAGAAGUAUGAAACGAGUUCUGGACAUGAUUCUCUCCCCAGGAUCCCUACUUCUCCAAAGAGAAGUGAGAAGAAUGAAAUGCAGAGUCACACGUUUUUUGACAAAUCUGCCCUGGAGCACAAACAUGAAGUUUCCAAUGGAGAAAAAAAACUUAAGGAUCCAGACUCAAAAGCGGCAGAAUUCUACCAUCAUCAGCCAACCGCAGAAAAGGAAAACACUGAUGUAUCUCCAGGAAUGGGGUACAGGGCAUCCCCUCACCUGGACAACGACGAGGGUUUUGACUCAAAAAGAUCUGAGCUACAGCCUGGGGAAAGUAAUCUGAGCACCACUGGAGUCCAGUGUGAACUUCUAAGUAUUCCCAAGAGGGAGGAAUCAGAUGUGGAUAUUUCCAGGUACAGUUCCUUUGUUACAGAGAGUAGAAUUACCUCCCCGCAGAACCAGUACAGAGAUCAGAGAUCAGAUGAAGAUUCAGACAGUAUGUCUUACUACCCCUUCAGAGAUGCUGGGACUAGCAUUCCAAAAAGCCAUAGAGUGCCUUUUUAUAAGAACAUCUGCGACACAGAAAGUGGAAGGAAUUUGACUGAUUCCGAGGCAAAAGAUCUCCCUGCUUCCUUUGAACAGAAGAAUUUUUCUAACUAUGAUUCAGAUUCCUCGGCAUCAGGCAAAGGCCUCCUCUUUGUGAAAGAAUCCAUCAAAAGCAUGGAGCUGUCCUCCUCCCCACGUUACAACAGUCGCAGCUUGGUUGACUUGUCUGAACUGGAGAAUCCAAGCUACAGCAGUACCAGCUAUCUGAAUAACACAUCUCCCAAAAGGUCUUUGGAAGAUAUUUGUACUUCCUGUGGCCGAGUAAUCCGCAACUGUGCCAAGAUAUCUAUUGAGAACCUCAACAUCAGCUGCCAUGAAUAUUGCUUCAAAUGCGGAAUCUGCCACAAGCCAAUGGGAGAUCUGUUGGAUCAAAUCUUCAUUCAUCGGGAUAUUGUCCACUGUGAUAAGUGCUACGAGAAGCUCUUUUAGAUCCCACGGAUUGGACCGGUCUGCCCAAAGAGACGCCUACCUUCAUCUGUGUUCCUGGGUUCUCCUAAGGACUCUUUGAUCCAGCAAGCAUCCUCUUCCCCAGCCAUUCCUCCUUCCUCAUCUUCAGGCAGGCCAAGUGGUUUACAUUCAACAAUGAUGAAGUUAUGUCAUUGAGGAUGCUACAUCAGGAAGAGGAUGUAUUGCUGCCUGAGUUUCAACUGGCUGCAUCUGGGGACUCCUCCUCAGUCUUGGUUGCUCGUCCAGGAGUCCUUCUGCCCUUCCUUCCAUGAUAGCACUGUGGCUUCAUUCAACUUGGCCAGCAACCAAUAAAACCAGGCUUUAUAGCAGGAAGGAAGAGGAAACGGGAUCAUCUGUUUUAAAAAAAAAGAGGGAGGGAGAUUCAGUCAUUUUUAUCAGGAACACAUCUUAUUCCAUUUAUCCCUAGGAAGUCUUUAGCCACAGCUAGGAAGCAUUCAGUUCCAAGACACGUGCCUUGAAUGCAAAGGGUUUUAAAAUGGAUGUGUAAAAUGUUUUGAUUCCAAAGGCAUCAGGCACAAAACACCGGUGUGUGUGUGUUUUUCAGCCAUUUCAGGAGGUUUUUGAGCUUGAAACACUCUAGAACAGGAAUCUCCAACCUUGGCCCCUUUAAGACUUGUGGACUUCAACUCCCAGAGGGACUCUGGAGUUGAAGUCCACAAGUCUUAAAGGGACCAAGGUUGGAGACCCCUGCUCUAGAAUUGUCUGAAGUAAGAAUUUCGAUGUUUUGCGCACCUCAAAAGUUUGCCUUCGGGAAUCCCUGAGACCGAGGCCACGCAUCAGGCAUUGAGGUUAUGUCUUCUGCAGGUUUUUUUAUUUUUUUACCAUGGGCUGAGGCUGAUGGGAUUUGGAAUCCAAAGCGCCAAGGGAGUCACUAUUUUGUUUUAUCCUCGUUUUACCCAGAGAAGAAAUUAUUGAGCUAACUCAAAUGUUUUUCAAACAUGGCAAAACUUUUAAGAUGUGUGGAUUUCAACCCCCCAGAAUUCCCCAUCUAGCAUGGAAUUCUGGGAGUUGAAGUCCUCACAAUUUAAAGUUCCCAAGUUUAAAGUUCCCAAAUUUAAAGUUCCCACAUUUGAAUUCAAUGGUCCAAUUGUCCUAUUCAGUAUCAGGCAGCGUCUUGCGUCUACCGCUGCGGUAUUUUUCCCUCCUGGGGAAAAAUUAUUUUAUAAAUAUCAUUGAUUCUGUUUGAGAUUAUACAUUCUUCAUUGUUGGGAAAUCAGUUAUGGUUAAUUUCUUAGCUAUUUGUAUCAUAUCUCUAAAGGGAUAAUAAGCGUAUAUGUGAGAUAACAUACUUUUUGCAAUAUUCUUGAGUUUUAAUUCCUUUACACCUAUUCUCUUCAGACUCAAGUGAAGAGACUUAUGCUGAAGCUUUCAACUAGCUAGUAGCUUAAUAUAUUUUUGUAUAUUAACAAAAAAAUAUGGAAGAUAUAGAUAUAGAUAUGAGGAAAUAUAUAUGAUCAUGUUUAUGUGAUGAGUAUAUUGGAAGUUUUAACAAACAGGAAGCAGAAGGGGAAAGAUACAUAGCCACACUUUCAGUCUCUGUUUUCUGCACACUAUAUCAAUUUUAACUUGGAUCAUCGUUGCCUAUUUCCAGAUACCUGGGCAAAACAAUGGGAAAUAGGCUUCUCAAAGGUCAAAGCCUUUACUGUCAUUGUACAUAUCCUGUAUACACAAGGAAAUUGGUUCAGCCUCUACUGGUGCAGCC